CACUACUAGGUAGUUCAUUAUGAAAGGAGGGAAAAAACAACCGAGUUUGACACCACCUAGGUGAUUCAUUUUAAGAGGAGGAGAAAAAACAGCUAAUAGUUUGACCAAUGGCCUUAGUGUUACUUGUGAUUUCAGCCGUACUUCUGCUAUUUAAAACCUAACUCAAAAUUCCCAGAACCCUAGGACAUUUAGUUUGCCAUUGGAUCUUACUCUCCUCUAGUUGAUUGCCGCAAAUGAAACAGGGCGUGUAAAAUCUCCGCAUCAUUCAAAUAACGCAAAUCUGGCCACGAAAUAAUAUCGUCUUUCAUUUGCAGGCUCUAGGCAUCGAAUCCUAUGCAGAGCAAAUUUUUUUUUAUUUUGUGUCGAUUUAGAAAUAUUUGCAAAGAUUUAAAAAGAUUCGUGAGGACUGUUCCGCAAUCUGUGAGAAAACCCCGAGAAAGAUUAUUCGAACGAUUAAGUAGAUAGCGCUAAGGAGCAUAGCAAACUGUGUGGUGGCACUUACAAUUAGGUUGAACUUUGCACCCUUGCACUUUCAAAAUGGUGGAUGCGCAGAGGGCUCUGCUUGAUGAGCUCAUGGGUGCAGCUCGAAAUCUCACCGAAGAGGAGAAGAAAGGUUAUAGAGAAAUUCGCUGGGAUGACAGGGAGGUUUGUGGUUUUUAUAUGGUUCGAUUUUGCCCACAUGAUUUAUUUGUGAAUACAAAGAGUGACCUUGGCCCUUGCCCCAGAAUUCAUGAUUUAAAACUGAAAGAGAGUUUUGAGAAGUCUUCGAGGCAUGAUCUAUAUGUUCCUAGAUUUGAAGCAGAACUUGCACAGUUUUGUGAGAAACUGGUACAAGAUUUAGACCGUAAAGUACGGCGAGGUCGUGAACGUUUAGCCCAAGAUGUAGAUAUUUCAUCUGUUAUGCCAUUUUCAACGGAGAAAUCAGAGCAAUUAGCAACAAUAGAGGAAAAGAUAAGGAAACUGCUGGAACAGGUUGAAAAUCUUGGAGAGGAAGGAAAAGUUGAUGAAGCACAGGCAUUAAUGAGGAAGGUUGACAUAUUGAAUGUGGAAAAAACAGUUGUGACGCAACAAGCAUCAAGUGAGAGAGGACUAAUACUGUCACAGGAAAAAAAGAUGGCACUUUGUGAAAUCUGUGGCUCCUUUUUAGUGGCAAAUGAUGCUGCUGAGAGAACCCAAUCUCAUGUAACUGGGAAGCAGCACAUAGGCUAUGGCAUGGUUCGCGAUUUUAUUACAGAAUUUAAGGGCAAAAAAGAAAAAGCCAGAGAAGGUGAGAGGCUUGCAAGAGAGAAAGAAGCAGAGGAAAGAAGGAAAGAGAGGGAGAAGGAAAUGGAAAGAACAAAAGACAAUGAUUGGGAUAGAGAAGGAAGUAGAGUAAGAGAUGAUAGGGACCGGUACAGGGAAAGGGAUCGUGAGAGGGACAGAUUAAGGGAACAGCGAGAAAGAACAAGAGACUGGGAUAGGAAUCCCUUCAGGUCAGGUCGUGGUGGAAGAGAAAGGGAUAGGGAGAGAGAUCGAGAUAGAGAUGGAGAUAGGGAACGGUUGAGGGACCGAGACCAUGUAAGAAGUAGAUCUCGAUCUCCUUACAAACAUGCCUCGCCUGGUAGACAUUUUCGAUAAGACUACAGAUGAAUUGCUUGGUGCUUCUGCAAUUAAUUAGUUUAAACUCCAUAUUAGAAGUAACAGAAAGAUGGCGCUUCAAACUUAUUGGGUAACACACUUAACCUUUUCUGCUUGUGAAAUGUUGGUGUUUUCUUCCCUUAAAUGAAUAAGACUUAAGAUGCACAGAAAGGCUAAACCAGUGAGAUGGUUUUCACAGGCUUGACAAUGCUCUGUAUCUGAUAGAUGUGUGGUUUUUAAUCUUUGAUACCUGAAUGAGGAAGUUUCAACUUUUCAGAAGGUAAUCUUUGGUUCCUUCAAAAUUUUUAUUUGCAUCUCAAAAUGUCAGCCCAUUCGUCCUAAGGCUUGCUUGCUUGCAAUAAAUUUCACUGUAUCCUUUGCAUUCUUCUUACAUUUUUAGUGAGGAGUUUGCCUCCAGUUGGCUUUCGUGUACGUCUAGUCUUUGGAUGAUUUGGAGUGGUGACAUUUCCCCUUGAAUUGAUACACCAUUGUUGAUGUGGUGUUGCUGGUCAAAAUCUAAAGAAUGUGAGGCUGCUGGAGAAUUCAUUCUUCCUGCUAAGUAUUCUAUCAUCGCUGUCCUUGAAAGGUAGGUGUCCUCUCUCUCUUUGAGUAAAAGAAUAUAAUAUAAUACAAUGAGAAAUGGAACAUUGAAAAUGGAAAAAAUAUAGAAAGGAUAUAUGAUGUCAGCACAGAUGAUGUGGAUGACACUUGACACAACAUUUACAGUGCAGCUUGUCAAAUACUCGUAUGUUUUAAAUGCUUAUUUAGGUCUGUUCAGCAUGGACCAUACCAUUCCAUUUUCAGGUAACUGUAAAGUCAAUAAGUUUGUUAUUAUUUGGAGGGUUCCUAAUGAUAAACGGUUGUGCCAGUGAGUAGAAUAUGUGCUGAGCAUGCUUGUAAUUUUUAUCAUGAUAGUUUGGUGUUCAUUGGUGAGGCUGUGAAUAUUUUUGCUUGAUGAACAUUAAUGAUGUAGUUUGGUUUAGGAGAUUGGACUCUCUGAUCCAUGAAUAUCAGUGGAGACUCAUGUUCUUGCUGGAAAACAAAUUACUCUCUAUCAAACAUCGACCUCGGAAGAAAUUUUGUUUGCCUUAAUGGAAAAGAGCUUCUCCACGAGGGUUUGUUGGGCCUGUACAGUGCAUGUAAGUCUCACUGACAGACAUGAGAGAAUCAUAUCAAGAUCAAGGAAUUAUAAAAUUUGCACUUGACAUGUGUAUGUGUGAUAAUCCAUCUACAUGCUUUUAGGGAAAGAUCUAGAUGCAUUGUAGAUUGUGAAUAUGUUGCAAAAUGGUUUUGCAGCAGCAUGGAGGUACAUUGAAGCACAAUUAUAAAAAUUCAUUUGGAUUUUCUGAAAUGGACUUGUAGCAUAUGGAUGUUCGGGUUUUAUUUGUUGAGAACUUUCGAUUGAUGAAAUUGUGAAGCUUAAUGAAUGAAUUUAUAAGCUUGUUUUC